GUGCGGUGUCAGAUCCACCGUAAUAUCAAAACAAACCAAGAAGAGACUGUUUGCGAGCUGAAAAUCUGUUUUCCUGUGAUCGCUUGGACUCAUAUUCGUGUUGACAUGGACGAAACACUCUUCCAGCUGAAGUUUUCUGUCAAGCAGCUUGAGAGAGCGGCCAAGAGGUCAGAGAAGGAUUCUGAAAAGGAGCAAGCCAAGGUCAAAAAGGCUUUGCAACAGAAAAAUGUGGAAGUUGCCAGAGUUUAUGCAGAAAACGCUAUCCGGAAAAAAAAUGAAGGUAUUAAUUUGCUGCGCAUGGCGUCUCGAGUCGACGCGGUGUCCUCUAAAAUCCAGACUGCUGUCUGCAUGAAAGGUGUGACCAAAAACAUGGGUCAGGUGACCAAAGCUCUUGACAAAGCUCUGGGCACCAUGGAUCUCCAAAAGGUCUCUGCUAUCAUGGAUAAAUUUGAAAGCCAAGUCCAGAACCUCGACGUCCACACCUCAGUGAUGGAGGAUUCCAUGAGUUCGGCAAUGACACUGACCACGCCUCAGGAGCAGGUGGAUGACUUGAUCCACCAAAUAGCAGAGGAGAACGGGCUGGAGGUGAUGGACCAGCUCAGCCAGCUGCCUGCAGGAGCCACCUCAGUGGGCGCAGAGAGCUCUCGGAGCCAGGAGAGGGAGGACCAGCUGUCUCGACGGUUGGCUCAAUUGCGGAACUGAGGCUCCUCGAGGAGAGGCGACGGCGCUUACAGCUGUGAGGAAGCAGACGAGUUUAAUGACGGCGACAGGAGCUGUGUGUGUUUCUAUUGAACUGUUCCUACCAGGAGGACUUAAUGAGCCUAUCGAUUACCAUCCCCCUGCUCUAUAAAUACACAACACACACAAACACACACACCUGCUAGAAAUAACCAUCUGAGAAGGCAUGAAUCUCUCUCUGGUUCACCUUCCCAUUUCGAUCCAUCUAUUCCUGUUUCUAUCUCCACCUCUAAUUCCCCACUGAGUCUCAUUUUACCUUUUAUGUCUCCUUUUCUCCUUCCCUUUUCCUCCCUCUUUCUCCAUUAACGCUACCGCCUCCUCCUCCUGUGACUUCAUUCACCGGUUCUCAGAUCACACACUUUUGGAUGUAUGUUCUUAAAAAAAAAAAACACACACACACACACACACACAUUUUACAAACUGUAUAAUUUACAAUGAAGAAACUGAAAAAGUUUUAAUAAGCAGUUAGAAUGAUUAUAAGGGAGUUGGGCGUCCCUGGCUCUCACAAGGUGCAGGGUGGGUAAAGAUGUAUCUACAUGUUGUUUUUAAGUUGUUUUUUGGGGUGUGCUCUGUCAGUUAGAGAUGGACUAAUCUGUUGGGGAAAAUGGAACAUAGAUUUGACUGGAAGAAAUCAGUUUUUGCACUUUUGUGUUUGGUAAAUUUUAAGUUUUAAACAGACAUGUUCAUUCAGGCAACAACAGCUUCAUGAUGUUAUUAUAACAUUGUACACAACAAAGGACAGUCCUCAAAUCUUUUGUUUCUGAUUGACAAAAUUAAUAUUUUUUGUGUUCUACUUUCUUUUUAUUUAGAUUUGUUGAUUUUUUUUUCCUCAUUACUGUAUUCACACGUUUUGCUUUGAACGCCUUAUUUGAGUUGCAGCUGCUUGCAUAUGUGCUCCCCCCGUCAGUGCCUGAAUAGGACAGUAGUUUUAAAAAGCAAACAGCAGCAAACAAACUCAUCAGACAGUCGUCCAAAUGAGGAAUUUUCCGUUCCUCUUCCUGCCAGACAAGCCUGAAAGGUUUUUGUCGUGGUCUAAGCCAACAUCACUUCAGGUCUGGCUGUGAUGAGUGUGAGCUCCGGUUGCCAUCGCUGUCACAGGGGGACAUUUAUUAUCUCUUUAAAUCUGCAGAGUGAAGUUGCCUGAUCUCUUGAAGCUGUCCCCCAGCAACACUAAAACCUUACUCAGAUAUUUUUGGAAGCCUCUUGUUCUCAGAAUAAAGUAAUCACCCUCACCUUUCUUUUUCCCUCAUCUCCAAACAGGAGAAGACAUCAAUUAAGAGCAGGGAUGUACAUGCUGGAUCUUUUAUUCAUUUGACAAAAAUCAGCUCCUAUAAAUGACUCCACAUAAAUGAGAGAAAAAGAGAACCAGUGAAAAAUCACCAGUGAAAUCAAACUGGUUUUGAUGCUUCUGUCAGUGAGCAGUCAAUGUAGAUGUCACUGUGUUUACAUGAGCAUGAACAACCUGUUUAUAAUCAGGUUAUAAGAGUAUCCUGUUUAUGUGUUUGAGCACGUAAACACUAUAUUCCCUUUAUGAGAAACCUGAAUAUGGAGCUGGAGUAUUGCUAGAGUACCCUGAAAGAAACCAGGACGUGAGUAACCUGAUUUCUCUGUGCUCAUGUAAUCACCAUAUCCCGUAUAUGAUUAUAACCUGGAUGAUCCUUAUAAACAGGUUUUUCAUGUGCGUGUAACUCUCUGAGAGGGCAGGCUGGCCAAAGCUGGACCUCAGCCUGUGACAGAGCAGCUUCACCCUCCGACGUUUUCAUUUUUUUGUCCAUUUUAAUACAGGGAGGGUUUGUUUUUCCUCCAAGUUCAGCAGACUUUGCAGCACUUUUGUUUUCUAUAUUUAUCUUGGGAAAAUAAAAUUGUACCCUCUGAAA